GCUGGACAUGCAGUGGCUCACAUCGUAGAGCGCAGCGCCGGCGCGGGGCCGUAAGAGCGCAGCGCAGGGGCGCAGCCCGCAGCAGACACGGCAAGCCGCCCGGCACUUCCGCAGUCUAGCCGGCUCCUCCUGCCUGGCCACUGCUCGCCCGCUACAGGCUACCCAGGAUUAUUCAUUUCUGGUUCCAGGAGCCGAGAAGGCGCGCUGGGCGCCAGUGGCCGCCCCUCAAGUUCCUCCUUCUGCUCCUGAUCCCCGGGCAAGCGCGCAGCCCGGAGCCCGCCCGGCGCCUCCUGGAGCCCUCCCCCCGCUGCUCCCAUGCGAGCGGGUGGGUCAUGAGCACAGCGCCCUCGCUUUCUGCCCUAAGAAGCAGUAAGCACAGCGGCGGCGGCGGCGGCAGUGCGGACCCUGCUUGGACCAGCGCGCUCUCUGGAAAUAGCUCCGGCCCCGGUCCGGGCUCCUCGGCCGGCAGCACCAAGCCUUUUGUGCACGCCGUGCCCCCCUCCGAUCCCCUGCGCCAGGCCAACCGCCUGCCCAUUAAGGUGCUGAAGAUGCUGACGGCACGGACUGGCCACAUUUUGCACCCCGAGUACCUUCAGCCCCUGCCUUCCACGCCAGUCAGCCCCAUCGAGCUCGAUGCCAAGAAGAGCCCGCUGGCACUGUUGGCGCAAACAUGCUCGCAGAUCGGGAAGCCCGACCCCUCGCCUUCCUCCAAACUCUCCUCAGUCGCCUCCAAUGGGGGCGGCGCGGGCGGUGCCGGUGGCGGCGCCGGGGGCGACAAGGAUGCCAAGUCGGGCCCCCUCAAACUGAGUGACAUCGGCGUGGAGGACAAGUCGAGUUUCAAGCCGUACUCCAAACCCGGCUCGGAUAAGAAGGAGCCGGGAGGAGGCGGAGGAGGAGGCGGGGGCGGCGGGGGCGGCGGCGGGGGGGUUUCGGCAGAGAAGUCGGGAUUCCGGGUACCGAGCGCCACCUGCCAGCCAUUUACGCCCAGGACAGGCAGCCCGAGCUCCAGCGCCUCGGCCUGCUCGCCAGGAGGCAUGCUGCCCUCGGCUGGGGGCGGCCCGGAGGGCAAGGACGACAAGAAGGACCCCGACGCGGGUGGCAGCGGCGGCAGCAAGGGCACUGGGGGCGCUGCGGCCGAAGGGGGUCCUACGGGGCUGGCCCACGGUCGGAUUAGCUGCGGCGGCGGGAUUAAUGUGGACGUGAACCAGCACACGGACGGGGGCCCAGGGGGCAAGGCUCUAGGUUCGGACUGCGGCGGCUCAUCCGGUUCCAGCUCCGUCUCGGGCCCCAGUGCGCCCACCUCCUCCUCGGUGUUGGGUUCUGGGCUAGUGGCGCCAGUGUCGCCCUACAAGCCCGGCCAGACAGUGUUUCCUCUGCCUCCUGCAGGCAUGACCUACCCAGGCAGCCUGGCCGGGGCCUAUGCCGGCUACCCACCCCAGUUCCUGCCGCACGGCGUGGCGCUCGACCCCACCAAGCCGGGCAGCCUGGUGGGGGCCCAGCUGGCGGCGGCCGCGGCCGGCUCUCUGGGCUGCAGUAAACCGGCUGGCUCCAGCCCCUUGGCCGGGGCGUCGCCGCCGUCUGUAAUGACAGCCAGUUUGUGCCGGGACCCGUACUGCCUCAGCUACCACUGCGCCAGCCACCUGGCAGGGGCGGCGGCCGCCAGUGCAUCGUGCGCGCACGACCCGGCCGCUGCGGCCGCGGCGCUCAAGUCUGGAUACCCGCUGGUGUACCCCACACACCCGCUUCACGGCGUGCACUCGUCGCUAACAGCAGCCGCUGCAGCGGGUGCUACACCGCCCUCCUUGGCCGGCCACCCCCUUUACCCCUACGGCUUCAUGCUUCCUAAUGACCCGCUCCCCCACAUCUGCAACUGGGUGUCGGCCAACGGGCCGUGCGACAAGCGCUUCGCCACGUCCGAAGAGCUGCUGAGCCACUUGAGGACGCAUACGGCCUUCCCCGGGACGGACAAACUGCUGUCGGGCUAUCCCAGCUCGUCGUCUCUAGCCAGUGCCGCUGCGGCAGCCAUGGCUUGUCACAUGCACAUCCCUACGUCGGGCGCACCAGGCAGCCCUGGGACGCUGGCGCUGCGAAGCCCCCACCACGCGCUGGGACUCAGCAGCAGAUACCACCCCUACUCCAAGAGCCCGCUUCCCACUCCCGGCGCCCCCGUGCCGGUACCCGCUGCCACCGGACCCUACUAUUCUCCCUACGCCCUCUACGGACAGAGACUGACCACGGCCUCGGCGCUGGGGUAUCAGUGAGGACGGCUGGGAGGGCUAGCGAAAGAGAAAGAAGAUUGGGGGAGAGGAGGAGCCGAGGGAGGGGGUGGAAUUCUGGGAGGGGCAGAAACAGGGCAGAAGCUACAGACACCGCGCGUAGAGAAAACCCGGGCCAUGCAAGGAAAAAAAUAUAUAUACCGUAUCUAUCUAUCCAACAACAGCGAUCGAGACCCGGUGGGAAACUCCCCUUUCCCCCUACCUCUCACCUCCCCACCCAAACUUUAUAAAAGUUGAAAACAAUAUCAUUUGACUUUUUAUAGAAAAAAAAAAUUGAGAAAGUGUUCAUCUGAGGACUGCGUUGGUGAACACUGGUAUUUAUUUAUGUUAGCUCCAAGCGGACCCGUGGUUCAAAAGUGCAUUAUUUAGUUUGAGCUCCGUAGGUAAAAAGGAGGAGGAAAAAAAAAAAUAAAACUUGAGGGUAAAAAUGUGGAAAACAAACCCUCCCAUCCCUUGUAGAUUAUAAAUAAAAACAAAACCGCUACAGAUCUAGAGGUCUUCUCUUCAGUGUUACUUUAAAAUUGCUAUGAUUGUAUUGUACCGUUCUUAUUUAAUGUCUGACUGAAACACAAAUUUACAUGCAUGUUUGUUACAAAAAAAAAUGAAAAAACAAAACAAAAGUCACAAUUUGUCAGCUCUGAUUUCAAAUUGCAAUUAUUUUUAAGGUAUAUACCAUCGAAAGAGAAUGGGUAUUUUUUUGUAUGUAUUCUGGAAGAAAACAACAAAAAAAGGAAAAACAAUUCUAUUCCAAAACCUCAUUUGCCUUAUUUUGUUCUUUAAAAGGAACACUUAACUAUUUUUAAUUUUUAAGUCUACCCGCUGAGAAGGGGACAAGUAAGGUUUACGUCAUGUACUAAAAUAAUAGACAAUGUAUUGCUUUAAAGAUUAAAAUUCCGUAUAUUUGAUGUAUUAAA